AUGGCUACACCUGUGUCGUAUGAUGAAGUUAUUCCAGGCACGCGACGACUGUUUGACGAACAUGGUCAAAACUUGCCUGGCGAUGAACGACUUCUGAAGCAUGGCGAUAUCGUGCUCGUUCCUCAACCGACAGAGUCGCCCAAUGAUCCGCUCAAUUGGAAACCAUGGCGCAAGAUCUGGCACUCAUUUCUUGUUCUUUUCGUCGUUGGCAUGACGGCUGCGACCUCAAAUGUUGCAGGCUCGGGUGCAGAUGGUGUCAACGAAGAGUAUGGCAUCAGCUACGACGUCUUCAAUACCGGUGCGGGCGUCCUGUUCAUUGGUAUAGGGUACUGGUGUUUGUUGAGCUCGCCUGCCGUCCAUCUAUACGGCAGACGAAUCCUAUACCUUAUAGGCAUGAUCUGGGGUGUUAUUGGCAACACUUGGUACGGCAGCAUAAGAAACACAGGAGAUACCGUUUGGAGUCAGCUCUUUGUAGGCGCUUCGGAAUCUGUAGGAGAGGCUGCGGUUCAACUCUCUCUUCUGGACAUCUGGUUCGAGCAUCAAAACGGUUCCACCCUCGGUCUCUAUACCCUCGCGACUGCUAUAGGCACAUACGUCGGACCAUUGGUUGGCAAUCAAAUCUCCGCAAGUACUCUUGGCUGGCGUUGGAUCGGCUACUGGGGUGCUAUUAUCAGUGCCGGUACUUUCGUGGUGCUGUUCUUUGGUCUGGAAGAGACUGAAUUCCAACGGGAUCGGUUCAUCACCAAUAUUGAUGAUCGUCGUCGCUUGAGUGGUGAUUUGAUGCCUGAGAAGACACUCCAGCAUGCUUCAGACGGCAAAAGUGCUGAUACUGAACAGCCGACUAUGGUCAACGACGAAUCCGUCAGAGGUUCUAACGAGAUAGGUGGAACAAAGAAUGGACGGCGCUUUCACGAGGACCGUCAUUCCUCCGAGAUUGACCGCAAUCGCCAUUCCGUUUCCUUCUCACGCAAGAAGACUUACUGGCAACGGAUUCAAGUCAUUACCAAAGCGCAUAACCUGCGCGACUUUGGUGCGAAGCAAUUCGUGAACCGACUAUGGCAUACUAUGAGAGUGUUUUCGUUUCCAGCUGUCUGGUUUGCUGGUCUUCAGUGGGGCUUGCAGAAUGUAUGUUUGACCUUCUAUCUCACAGUAGAGGAAGACUACUGGUAUGGUCCACCCUGGAACUACACCAACACAGAAGUCGGUAACAUGAAUAUUCCUUGUCUAAUAGGCAGUAUCAUUGGGGCUUUAUAUGGUGGUUACGGCAGCGACAAAUUCCUUAUCUGGAUGACCAAGCGCAACAAAGGUAUUAUGGAGGCUGAGUAUCGUCUCUAUCUCAUGUUCCUCUGCUUUCUCAUCUUCCCCACUGGCAUGUUGAUCUUCGGCAUCGGAUCAGGCGAAGGCUGGAGUUGGCCUGUACCAUACCUUGGUCUUGGCUUCAUCGGAUUCGGCUAUGGCUGCGCUGGAGAUUUGUCAAUCACAUAUCUCGCAGACUCCUAUCCUGACAUGAUCCUCGAAGGUAUGGUAGGUGUCGCGACCAUCAACAACACCCUCGCCAUGAUUUUCACCUUUGUAGCGAGUUACUGGCUCAAUUCAAGUUUGCGGAACUGCUUCAUCGAGCUCAGCGUGAUCAGCUUCUUAGUCAUGGGGUCCAGCCUGCCCAUGAUUCUCUAUGGCAAGAGGGCGAGAAGGUGGACGAGGAACCGGUACGUGAAGUUCCUUGAGUUGAGAGAUGGGCUCUCGAAAUGA